AAAAAAUCUCCUCCCACGCUCUUGUUCGAAUAUUUUCCCCUUUCCUUCUUCUUCCUUCUUUCUUUCCUUCUUUUCCUAGUUUCCUUAUUUCAAAUUCCCAAUUAUGAAUCAUAACAGGACCAAUUUUUCCUAACCCUAACCCUCUUUCUCCAUCUCACAAUCGCCCCACCUUCACUUCCUCUUCCAACUCGAUCCGCUCGCCUACCUCUGCUGUGCACCUCACCGACUUCUGUUCUCUGCGCGAGAUCUCGAUUCGGAGGCCUACAGAGAAGUCCUAUGGCGGUUCCCAAGCUUGCCUGCCAAGAAACGAGCUGGCCGCUUUAAUUUUAGCCUUUUCUGUUUCGAAUCUGGGAAAUAAAUUUUGUGGAUAGGAAUCAAACAGUUCUUGAAAGCUAUUAGAGUUCAAGUAGAUAGUAAAGAAGGAAGAUGAGUCAGUUCGUGAUCCAGCAGAGUGCUUUCUCGAGGAGGGAGCGGACCACCGCCGCAGCUCCAAUCUCCGAGCGACGGGAGGCGGCGGUUGUUUGUCCUAAGCCACGGCGUCUCGGUCUGUUCGCCGACACUGCCAACGACCACCCGCUUCGAUCUCUCAGAUGGCAGCUCGGCCACCAAGCGGAGUUCUGCGAUUCAAAAGCAGGAAACGAUCUGCUCGACAUCAUCCUUGCUAAGGGUGAUGGUAACGUUGGCAGGGAGCAAUCAUAUCCACAACGAGUAGCGGCGUCACCUCCUUUUUUCUGUGGGUCGCCGCCGAGCAGAGUAGCUAACCCAGUAAUUCAGGAUGCUCGAUUUGGAGGGGAGGAAGAGGAGGAGCUGCUGUUUUCGACCCCUUUCUCACCGCCUGUUCCCCCUCCGUCCAGCAUCAUGUCCUUGUCGUCUCCAAGGAAAGGCGGUGGAUGCAUCGUCCGGUCAAAUUUUCGGAACAAACCGGCGGUGAGGGUGGAAGGUUUCGAUUGCCUCGACAGGGACAGCAGGAACUGCAGCAUCCCUACCAUGGCAUAGACAGAGGUCCUUCAUAACCCACUUCCCUCUCCUCCACAAACUGAAAAACUUUUGGUACAUAUAGGGCUAAAAAGGUUUAAUCAAUAGAACAGGAAACAAGUCAAGUGAAACACAUUUGGUAGUGGCAACGAAGAGCUCAGCAGCAAGCAGCAAGCAGGCCUUUUGGUUUGUUCAUAGUUUCUCUCAGCAGGGUAAGAUCAGACGAAUCCUUUUUUUAGUUUAUGAUAGUGUUGGUGUAUAUAUCUGUGCGAGAAGGAAGGGUUUGUAUGUAAAUGCCCAUGAGAAAGUGUCAUUGUAAGUAAGUAGAAGUCAUUUUCAUUGUAGAAUAAUGAGAUGGACAUUGGAGGGGGCAUUUUCCCAUAAUCCUUCACAAGUGGUUCAUCUUUUGUUACUUUGGGUUGCUGCGUGAGUCUUCUGAGGCGGUGAAGAAGUUCGAUAUGUACAUAUAGGACAUGGUAAUCAAUCUGGAGUGUUUUAUACUAUAAUGAAUGUAAAAUGGGAUCCGUUUUUUUGGGGUCAUGAAUGUAGAUAAUACAGCUUUUUUGGUUCAGUUUUAACUUAGGGGUCGUUUGCUUGUGGGAUUUGGGUGAUGGAUUUGGAACCCAAAUGCCAAGCAUCAUGG